AUGCAGACCCGCAACCUUCUCGUGGCCGCAUCCCAGCUGGCUGUAAGCCUCGCUGUCCCGGCGCCAGUCCCCGGCUCUCCCUUCCCAGCGCAUCGCCUCUUGACCCGGGAGACGCAUUUCAAUGCCAGCCUCCCAAAUAUCACAAUCUUCGCCACGGGCGGCACCAUCGCCGGCUCCGCCUCGUCCAAUGCCCAGACAACGGGCUACCAGGCCGGCGCCCUCGGCGUCGAAGUCCUCAUCGACGCUGUCCCGGAGCUCUGGAACGUGUCCAAUGUGAAAGGUGUGCAGGUCGCCAACGUCGAUUCGGGCAGCAUAACACCCGAAAUCCUACUCAAUCUCACACGCAUGGUGCAGGAGGCCCUUGACGACCCGUACUGCCAGGGCGCCGUCGUCACACACGGUACAGACACCAUGGAGGAGUCUGCGUUUUUUCUGGACAUGACCGUCCAGACCGAGAAGCCCGUCGUGGUGGUCGGGGCCAUGCGUCCUGCCACAGCCAUCAGCGCCGACGGCCCCAUCAACCUUCUCGAGGCCGUCACCCUGGCCGGGAGCCCUGCCGCUAUGAACCGCGGCACCAUGAUCGUCCUCAACGAUCGCAUUGGCAGCGCUUUCUACACCACCAAGACGCACUCCAACUCCCUCGACACGUUCAAGGCGGUCGAGCAGGGCUAUCUGGGCUACUUCCUCGACAUCAAGCCCGUCUUCUACUACCCGCCGGCCCUGCCCCUGGGCCGCGCCUAUUUCGACGUCAGCGAGACCACGGAGCUGCCCGAGGUGGAUAUCCUCUACGGCCACCAGGCCCUGCAGCCCGCGCUCGCAACUGCUGCCGUUGAGGCUGGCGCCAAAGGUCUCGUGCUGGCUGGGAUGGGUGCGGGUGGGUGGACCACGCCCGGCCGGGACACGCUGAAGACGCUGGCCGAGGAGCAUGGCACGCAGAUUGUUGUUUCGAGCAGGACCAAGGGCGGGUUUGUCGACGAUAGCGAGGGCCUGAACACGUACGGCGGCUGGGCCUUGAACCCCGAGAAGGCGCGCAUCAUGCUUCAGCUCGCGCUGAAUGCUGGGUACUCGUCUGAGCAGCUUGAGAGCCUAUUCAAAUAUGCUCCUUGA